AUGGUCACCCCCGGCGACCCUGCUUCCGGUAGCCGCUGCUGUGCUGUAGUUGUUCUUUUUGUUCCUGUUGCUGCCAUUCAUUCCCUCCCUACUUCCCUUGUGGCCGUACUGAAUGCUGCAACUUAUAAUAUUCACAGCCUCCAUGUCUCGAGUUUGCUGCAAUUCAAGGAAAUUUUUUCGGAAAACAUUCAAUUCGCAAUCUCAAUCUAUCUUCUCAACCCAGCCACCACAGAUCUAGAAUCGCAAUCUCUCUCCUCCGCAUAUUCUCCCAAUCUCCAUAGCCACUCGCUACUUCACCGCAGCUCGCUCGCUCCUCCGCAUUUGCAGCUCGCUCCUCCGCAUCUUCACCGCCUGCGUACCUUCAUCUUCUCCUCUGCUCCACUACGUACCUUCCUCUUCUCCGCUGCUCCACCGUCUGUUCUUUUUCGAUCUGUUCACGGGAAAGGACCCCUUGCUGGUAUUGCUAGUUUCUUGAACCAAAUCAUCCAUUUGAACUAUCAAGGCGUGAGUUCUUCUACUAGGAAUCAUUGGGUUCUUAUCGUCCUUGAUCUUGUCUUUGGCCUAGCAUACGUGUUUGAUUCGGCCACUCCUCCCCCUCCCGAGACACGGAAGUUAGAAGGGUUCAAUUGUAUACAAAUGGCAUAUAGAAUUUAUUGGACUAAUCUUGAAAAUGACAAACGGAAGAUUAAGUCACAAAAGUUACGAUUCAUACAGAUGAAGUGUGCUCAACAAGUUGAUGCAGUGGAUAGUGGUUAUCAUGUGAUGAAAUACAUGCAUGAUGUUGUCACAGUAUACAAUGAAUACAAGGAUAAUUUGUCUGAGGGUUAUGUACAAAGAGAAAUGCCAUAUUCUGUUGAGGAAUUAGAAGAAACUCGAGAACAAUGGGCAAAGUAUUUUAAGGACAACUAUUUGAUGGAUGCCGGCGAAUGAGUUUGUUGUCUAGUAAUGUUAUGUUUUAUGUUUUUGUUAUGUGUUGGAUAUGACGUUGGAUGCUACUUGGAGCAUAUAUAUGGUUGUUGGAACAUAUAUGUAAUAUACAGGUCUAAUUUAUAAAUUCCCGUUUUGCCGGGUUUCGCAAAUUACAAA